UACCCGGUUCAAUUUGGUUCGGUUAAGCCGUCAACAUUGCUUGUCCGGUGGAAGUCCUAGUUUUACACACAAAUCGCCAAUUUGGUAUUAGGAAUUCAGGAUCCGGUUGAACGGAUCAGAACCCGGUUUCUCAAGUUUGUUGAAAAGAGCAAUGGGCCUUUGCGGGCUCACCGGAAACUUCAAACCCGAUACAAGUUUGGUCAGAAUUCUCGAUCGCUUGUGACAAAAUCCACAAUCCCCUUCGGAUAAUCGUUAUCUAUAGUAGCUAUACCUGCAGGCUGGUCUGUAGAUGAUGAAAAUGGCGACCCUCGCCGGAAUCGGGAUCGGCUGUGGGACUCGAGUGGUCAUCCCGGAAGUUUUCCCUCAAUCAAAGCUCAUACUCCGUCCUUCUUUGUUACAAACCCGUAAAACCAGCAACACUUUUAUCAGCAUCUCCCUUGUUCCAAAACGAACUUUCUCAAUCUCCGCGUCAGUUUCAGACGAUAGCAAUAGCUUCAACGACCGACAAGUCCGCGUCCGUUUCGCCCCUUCCCCCACCGGUAAUCUUCACGUCGGUGGCGCCAGAACUGCUCUUUUCAACUACCUUUACGCUAGGUCUAAAGGCGGGAAGUUUGUACUGAGAAUAGAGGACACGGACCUGGAGAGAUCAACCAAGGAAUCGGAGGAAGCUGUGUUGCGAGACCUCUCGUGGCUGGGCCUUGCUUGGGAUGAAGGCCCUGGAGUUGGUGGUGAUUAUGGUCCAUAUAGGCAAUCAGAAAGGAAUGAUUUGUACAAACAAUACGCUGAGAAGCUUCUACAAUCUGGUGAAGUUUAUCGUUGCUUUUGCUCAAAUGAGGAACUUGAACAAAUGAAAGAAAUUGCAAAGGAAAAACAACUACCUCCUGUAUACAGUGGAAAGUGGGCCCAUGCUACAGAUGAAGAAGUUCAACAAGAGUUAUCAAAAGGAACUCCAUAUACUUACAGAUUCCGUGUCCCUAAAGAAGGGAGUUUAACAAUUAACGACUUGAUUAGAGGAGAGGUUAGCUGGAAUCUAGACACACUUGGUGAUUUUGUGAUUAUGAGAAGUAAUGGACAACCAGUUUAUAAUUUUUGUGUCACUGUUGAUGAUGCCACCAUGGCAAUAACACAUGUUAUAAGGGCAGAAGAACACUUACCUAAUACACUAAGGCAAGCAUUGAUAUAUAAGGCUUUAGGGUUUCCAAUGCCUUCUUUUGCACACGUGUCAUUGAUUCUUGCCCCUGAUCGAAGCAAACUGUCGAAAAGACAUGGUGCAACUUCAGUAGGACAGUAUAGGGAAAUGGGGUAUUUACCUCAGUCAAUUGUGAAUUAUUUAGCAUUGUUGGGUUGGAGUGAUGGGACUAAUGAUGAAUUUUUUACCCUUGAGCAACUAGUUGAAAAAUUCUCGAUUAAUCGUGUCAACAAAAGUGGAGCCAUAUUUGAUUCAACCAAAUUGAGAUGGAUGAAUGGGUUGCAUUUAAAAGCUCUUCCCAUGGAAGAGCUGAUAAAGACAGUUGGUGAUCAAUGGAAGAGCUCUGGCAUCCUUAAGGAAUCAGAAGGAAUCUUUAUAGAAGAUGCUUAUAAGCUUCUAGAAGGUGGGAUUGAUGUGAUAACAGAUGCAGAAAAGUUACUUUCUGAUUUACUAUCGUAUCCAUUUCAUGAUACUCUAUCAAGUUCUGAAGGUAGAGAGAUGUUGGAAGAAGGGCUUAUAGUGGUUGCAGAAAGCUUGUUAGCUGCAUAUGAUAAUGGGGAGUUUAUGAGUGCACUUGAAGAAGGAAAAUCCGGGUGGCAGAAAUGGGUGAAAGCUUUUGGCAAAUCAUUAAAACGAAAGGGGAAAUCGCUGUUCAUGCCUUUGAGAGUUUUGCUGACUGGAAAGCUGCAUGGGCCUGACAUGGGAGAGAGUAUAGUUUUGAUUCAUAGAGCUGGGACCAAUGGGAUUGUGACACCUCAGCUUGGGUUUGUUACACUGGAACAACGCUUGAAAUCAUUGAGAGAAGUUGAUUGGGAAGCCUUUAGAAAGAUUCCUAAUCAUGUGCCUCUAAAAGAAGCUGCUCAUAGAUAAUAGCUUUCUGGACGUGUAUGUCAUCAUAUCAUAUCCUCCAACUACAACCAUUAUGCUGCUAUUGUUAACUAGAUGUUCAGACAUACAAGAACUUGUAAAUGCCUUCAAAAAAUUACUGGAGAAAAUGGAAAUCAUGUUUGUUUUCUAAAAUUAAUUAAAGGUCUUCUGGUAUGAAAAAAUGUUGUUUGUAUAUGAUUAGAUAAAAUUUGAGAAAAAUAACUUUAAACUUGAGGAAGUAGAAGUAAAAGGUUGAAUGCAAG